AUGGGCAAAAAGGCUGGGCGCCUCGUCAAAACUUCUGCAUUGACUGGUGAUGGUUCGUCGUCACCUUCGCCUACAGUGGAACCUAGCUUGUCUCCCACUAGGACUGAAUCGCCUCCAUGCACACCAAACCCAGGUAAGACUUCUUCCUCUGUAAGUCUUCCAAGACGUUUUACACGCUCCAUGUCCAUUCCUUUUGCGUCGUCUAAGGAUCAUCCUCCCCCAUCCACCACGUUACCCCACCCUCUCACUGAGUCUGACUCGUCUCAGCCCCCCCUGUCGAAGCCUAAACCAAAAAGGAAAACUGUCUCCUCUGAUGCUACUCCUUCGUCAGUGGCUAAGAAAAUGAAAACUCCUCAACCUAGUGUGUCUGAGCCAAACAAAACUAAUGCACCGUUUUACUCCAACGAUAAGUUGCUUAGAUUUCAUGAAAAUUUUUGUCGUCGUCCACUGUGGCCUGAAUAUCGAAUGAAGUUCAAGUAUUUUCCUAGGAUUAAGGAGUUAAUUGAAAAACGUGGGUGGUCUCUGUCUGUCACUCAUCUCCAACCCCCAAAUGAGAACCUGGUCAGGGAGUUUUAUGCCAACCUAGAUGAGAGCAUUCUGAAUAGGAAAAGUCAGUUCCUUUAUCUUGCUUAUAUUAGAGGUAACAGGUUUCGGUUUGCCCCCUCAACCAUUAGUUGUGUCCUGAAAAUCAAAACCAUCACCCAUCCCACAUUUAAUGAUGAGUAUAAGCCAGAGUUUAAGGAUGUAGGUGCUGAAAUUACUGGCAAUCCCAACUUUGUUUGGAAUGGGAAGGAGUUACCUGUCACAGUUCUCUCAGAGUUUUACAGGGUCCUCCAUAAAAUUGCUAUGUCCAAUUGGUGGGCGAAUUCACAUAUCUCCAUGAUCAACUACAACACAGCUCGAUUUCUGUAUGCCUUAGGCACCGGUGUGAGCAUUGAUCUUCCAACUAUCAUGUAUGAUCGUAUUAUGAGUUCUGCCUCUGCCAAGAGUAUCAAGCAUACCCUGCCUUAUCCCAGCUUGAUCAACAGAGUGGUUAAACGAGGCUCUCCAGUUGUUUAUGAGCAAGACAAAAUGCUGCCAGUCCCAUCCAUUGGUAAGUCGUUUAAUCUUGUGGAUAGCAAACCACUUCCACUGUCAGUCAUGGAUGUAUCUGCUGCUGGGGCUUCUCUAAUGGAAGACUUACCUUCUGCUCCAACUGCUCCUUCAACUUCCUGA